CAACAUUGGCACUGGGAAUAGCCUCUCCGCUGUCGGCUCGUUCUGUUGCUCGAUCUUUCUCAUCACAGCCAAAGUGUUACCCCGCAGAAGUUGAUUGGAGAAUUAAUUGAUAUCUGAGAAUGACCAUCGGAAAUCUUAAAGUUGGGACAAAAAAGAAACAUUCGCGAAAGGGCAAAGCAGAGCUUAAUGAAAAUGAGCCAUUGUUGCCUAAAACUCAGGACGUUGAUGCUGGGUUUGACGAUCUUAAUGGAGCUUCAUUUUCUGGAGCUGUUUUUAACUUGUCCACCACAAUUAUUGGUGCUGGGAUCAUGGCUUUGCCUGCAACCUUUAAAGAGUUGGGAAUGUUGCCGGGGAUUCUUGUUAUCAUCUUCAUGGCUUUCUUGACAGAGAAGUCUAUUGAGUUCUUGGUCAGGUUUACCCGCGCAGGAAACUCUGUUUCUUAUGGAGGUCUAAUGGGGGAUUCCUACGGGAAUUAUGGAAAAGCUCUGGUGCAAAUCUCUGUGGUAAUCAACAACAUUGGUAUACUCAUUGUUUACAUGAUUAUAAUUGGUGAUGUGCUUUCUGGAACAUCAUCAAACGGAGAUCAUCAUCCGGGAAUCUUUGAAGGAUGGUUUGGUGUCCAUUGGUGGACCGGGCGUACAUUUGUUAUUCUUUUUACAACUCUGGCUAUAUUUGCACCACUAGUAAGCUUUAAGAGAAUUGAUUCAUUGAGAUUUACAUCUGCUCUAUCAGUUGCACUGGCAGUUGUUUUUCUGGUCAUUGCUGUGGGAAUUUCAAUUGUCAAGAUUAUAAGUGGAGGCAUAGGGAUGCCCAAACUCUUUCCUGUCAUUACUGAUUUCAUGUCAUUUCUCAAACUGUUCACCGUGGUUCCUGUGCUUGUGAGUGCUUAUAUCUGCCAUUACAACGUUCACAACAUAAAUAAUGAACUUGAAGACUCCAGUCAGAUGCAAGGGGUUGUGCGUUCUUCCCUUGUUUUAUGCUCUUCAGUCUACUUACUCACAAGCUUCUUUGGGUUCCUUCUUUUUGGUGAUGAGACUCUUGAUGAUGUGCUUGCUAACUUUGAUACUGAUCUUGGAAUUCCUUUUGGUUCUGUGCUCAAUGAUGCUGUACGUUUUAGCUAUGUAGCACACCUCAUGCUUGUAUUUCCUGUUGUCUUUUAUCCACUACGGGUCAAUGUAGAUGGUCUUCUCUUUGCUUCAUCAAGGCCGUUGGUUCUGGAUAACUUCAGAUUUGCAUCAUUGACCACUGGCCUCAUAGGUCUUAUCUUCCUGGGAGCAAAUUUCAUACCUAGCAUUUGGGAUGCAUUCCAGUUCACUGGAGCAACAGCUGCGGUAUGUCUAGGAUUUAUAUUUCCAGCUGCCAUCACUCUCAGGGAUCAAUACAACAUAGCAACUAAAACAGACAAGAUUCUAUCUGUCAUUAUGAUUGUUCUGGCAGUCUUCUCAAAUCUAGUGGCCAUUUAUAGUGAUGCCUAUGCCUUGAUAAAGAAGAACCAACCUGCACAUAAAUGAUCUCUCGGGUGAAUUCUGCAAAAUAAGGCCACUGUUGAAGACUUGAAGGAUGGCCAUCAUGCUGGGAUUAGAAAAACACAAGAUUCGGGUAAGCUCAAGUAAGUGUUUACAUGUAGAUUUUCGGAUAAUCUGUAAAAUAUAUCGACUUCUUGUAUUGUACCUGAGUCGUAGAGUUAGAAAAUGAUGGUUUUACUGAAGCUCUGAUGGGUUCUUGAGUGGAUAAAUCUGCUUCAAAAUUGGAGGCGUGCUUGGCAGGCUCCUUUAUAAUGUUUUACUGGGCAGGUUGAGAAGGUUGCUUUGUUGGAUUUUUCUUUACAAAUGCAAUCAAUGUUUUUAACCCACUUAAUUUGUAAACAAAUGUAAUGAUUGGCAUUUGUAUUCAUUUUUUUUUGGAUAAAGCAUUUGUAUAUGUAUUAAUUGCUUCGUGAAAAAUAGAAACCUUUGCUUGGCCUGCUUGA